AUGUCAACAUUGGAAUUAUUGAAAUCCCUGAAUUUACAUGCUGAUAAGUGCUGGAGUGUCGAUGUUAGCAAAGAUGGGAUAAUAGCUACAGGUAGCACUGAUAGAAAGAUUAAAUUAGUAGACCUCAAUUCUUUAAAAGUGCUUGAAGAAUUGGACGACACUGUUCAUAAAAAAACAAUAAGGAGUGUAGCCUGGAGGCCACAUUCCAAGACACUUGCCGCAGGAUCAUUUGAUUCUACGGUGUCUAUAUGGGGCAAGGAUGAGGAUUCAUAUGACGAAGAAGGUGAUGUGCUAGAGACGGAGUUGCUUGCUAUCAUAGAGGGACAUGAAAAUGAAAUCAAAGGUGUGUCUUGGUCGCAUGAUGGGCAAUUAUUAGCUACAUGUUCAAGAGAUAAAAGUGUGUGGAUCUGGGAAGCAGACGAAAUGGGUGAAGAAUUUGAGUGCAUCAGUGUGUUGCAGGAACACUCACAAGACGUAAAGCACGUUACUUGGCACGGAUCGCUUCCCUUAUUGGCAUCCAGUUCUUACGAUGAUACAAUACGGAUUUGGAAGGAUAGUGAUGAUGAUUGGGUCUGCUGUGCUGUCCUCAAUGGACAUGAGGGUACCGUAUGGUCUUCUGAUUUCGAGAAAAAGGACAAUAAUGUGAGGCUUUGUAGUGGAAGUGAUGAUGGUAGAGUUAUUAUCUGGGCUUUAGUAGAAGAUAUCGAUGAGUAUGAGCAGGAAUGGAUACAGGAAACAGUUCUACCGAAAGCGCAUACUAGGGCGAUCUAUAGUGUCAGUUGGAGUCCAGAGGGUUAUAUUGCAAGUACGGGAUCUGACGGACGCUUAGUAAUUUAUGAAGAGAACGGCAGCAACAACUGGCAGAUUAAAUGUACUUACGAGUUAGCGCAUGGUGUAUAUGAAACUAACAUGGUAAAAUGGACUUCUAGUAGAGAUAAAGAUUCAUUGCUACUCACCGCCGGCGAUGACGGUAAUGUAAACAUCUGGAAAUUCAAUGAUGAAUGA